AAGAAAGCACUAUUUUGUCAACUAAAAUUAAGUAGGCAAAUUAUCAAAUUUAGAAUUAAUGAUGAUUGCAAGAUCAACAAUAUUAGCAUGUAUUGGGCUAGUGUUGGUGUGCUUAGCAGUACCAAGCUUAGGCACAGUAUAUACAGUGGGGGAUUCAAGUGGGUGGACAAUUGGAAUUGAUUAUGGGACUUGGGCUGCUUCUAAGACUUUCCUUGUUGGUGAUACUCUUGUGUUCAAUUAUGGAAGUGGACACACAGUAGAUGAAGUAAAGCAAGGUGACUACACAACAUGCACAAUUGGAAAUUCAUUAACAUCAGACAACAAAGGCACAACAUCCAUCCUUCUACAAACUCCAGGGACACAUUACUUUAUUUGUGCUAUUAUAGGCCAUUGUGGAAGUGGUAUGAAACUUUCUGUUAAAGUUUCUGCUUCUUCCCCUAAUUCUACUUCCACUUCUCCACCAUCUUCCACCACUCCAACCACCACCGCAACGCCGGUCGCUACAUAUCCUACCAGCGCAGGCGGCAGUGGCAGCGGCACUAACAACCCCUACAUGAUCCCCUACUCGGCUUCGUCUACAAGAAGUAUUAAGUACUUGAUCAUAAUUAUGGUUAUUUUUCUUAAUUUAUUAUUAUUAUUAUCUUGAUUAGAGUGUGUGAUUCAGUUAAUAAUUCAGGUUUAUUGGCUUAUUGCAAUACUUGUGGUCAUAAUAUAUAGCCAGGUUAGAGGCAGUGCUCUUUGUAAUUUUGCUUGUUUAUUAUUCUAGUUACUUUUUUCUGAGUUGAUAUUAUAUACAUCC